UGAAAAAGGUGCAUUUUCCUCCACUAACCCACUUAGGUAAAUGCAGAUGACCACUAGUAGAUAUUAUACAUUUCCAUCCCAAUACCAGCAUCUUUUUAGAGACAAAGGGGACAUAUUCACAUAGUGCUAUCUAUACCGGUGAGUGGAACAAUUGUUAAAUCCAGAUAUUAAGAUGAGCACAGACGGGGUGGAACACUCAGAGGCUCACCAUGAACAAGCAGACAAUGAACAAAAUGGAAUUGACUUCACCAGACAAAUCAAGACAGAGGUCCUCAAUGACUCUCCUCAUUCUGUCUUAUCACACAAGACAUGUCACCUGACACAAGGAGCCCCAAUAUCUGGUGGCCAGCUAUCAGGGGAGCUCUCCUCCCUACACACCAUGCAGCAGUUGGUGCUUAUGCCAGGCUCUCACCACCUCUCACCUCCAUCCUCCUUCCUCCUCUCACAGACACAACACACGGGGCACCAAGCACUUCUGCAGCAGAACCUCCUCAGCUUUCCCACCCAGAGCCAGUCAGGCCUCCUCCAACACCAGCCUGGGUUAGCAUUGACACCUCAGGCCAUGAGUCGGUCGGGCCUGACGUCGUCGUCCAUGGAAAGCCACCUGGACAUGUCCCACCUGCAGGUCCCCAAACACAUGGGGCCCCCCCAGCAGGACGAGGCCAGUGACCUGGAGGAGCUGGAACAGUUUGCCAAGGCCUUCAAACAGAGACGCAUCAAACUGGGCUUUACCCAGGGUGAUGUAGGCCUGGCUAUGGGGAAGCUGUAUGGGAAUGACUUCAGCCAGACCACCAUCUCCCGCUUCGAGGCCCUCAACCUAAGCUUCAAGAACAUGUGCAAGCUGAAGCCUCUACUUGAGAAGUGGCUGAGUGACGCAGAGAAUUGCCCCUCUGACUCUAUGAGCAAUGCUGUCUCUCUACCCCCCCUGAUGGAAGGCUAUGGAAGGAAAAGAAAAAAGAGGACAAGCAUCGAAACCAACAUAAAGCUCACCCUGGAGAAACGCUUCCUUGACAACCCCAAGCCUAACUCGGAGGAGAUCAUGCUGAUCUCAGAGCAGCUGUCUAUGGAGAAGGAGGUGGUGCGGGUGUGGUUCUGUAACCGCAGACAGAAGCAGAAGAGGAUCUACUGCCCCGUGUCCACCUCACCAAUGAAAUCACACAACUUCAACUCCAGAAUGGCAUCCACGUCCAGAUCAUACAGCCCUCCUGCUUCAGGAGUGUCAUCGAGUUCCUCUCCCAAUAGUCCUAGUCGUGGGCCUUCGCCUGGAACACUCCGGUCUGGCUCCGCUGCUCUGACCUCUCAGGUCAACCAGUCCUUCAGCUCACCAGGGUCGUGGUAUCGCACAUGGAACCCUACGUCCUAUCACCACUGAGAAAGCCUGCCUGUUGUGGAAGAGAACUAAAACUAUGAUGUCAAUGAAUGGAAACAGAAAUAGAUACAAACCAGCAGACACACGUGAAGACCUUUUAAAAUUCUAUUGAGAAACUCUAUGCAUUUGGAAUCAAAUGUGAAAUGUCAUAAUCAAUAUUUAUUGCAUCAGUUUAGGGCACCUCUGAGGUCAUAUGCAGCACAAACUGAAUUUGAGCCUACAUUAUCUAUAAGAGUAAAACUAUUGGAAGCAAAAAAUAAUAAUAGAAACAUCAGAGUCAGGGACGGAUUCUGUUAAACCUGCCGUUAGAAUAUGUUGACGCAGCAACUGUUAAACUACUGCCCACGCACAAGUGGCUUACUCAGAAAAAAACUGGAUCAAUAUGACCUAAACAGGGUCUACCUGGUAUUUUACAGUAAAAUCCAAAUCAUUGCUAAUUUAAUUUGACCACCAGAAAAUAAGAUACAGUAUGUCUGUAUGCCACUAUGUAGCCUAUGCAGCUGUAUGAGUUGGAUUGAAUUUAACUGCCGAUGUAUGUUUACAGUGCGGUUAAUUUGGCCAUUUACUUUGAUAUUCAUCAGGAGUUCAGGUGUGAGAAUAAAUGUGCGAAGGUGUAUAUAUUAAAAUGCCAGACAGCAAUCUAAAUAAUGA